AUGGAGCAACAACAACUUAUCGAUCAACUUAUCGACGACUGGGCGAGUACGCCCAGUCCACCGGCACAAGACAAUAUGCCUAUGGCUACUGAAUCUGGAUCACCAAGAGCUGUAACCUUCAGUGAGCCCCAACCGGAGCCCCCAAAACCACAUCAACCCCAUCCUGCGACUCGAAAUGCCAUGCAGCAGAACUUCAUGGACAUCGUGGCUACCAGAUGCCACCUCGCCCCAGCCAAAGGCAAAGAUACCUCCGUCUUGGCCUUUAUCAUCUUUCCCAAAGACUACAUUGGAACCACUUGUGACGGCAGCCGAUGGGGUGAUUUCAAGCUCCGUAUGAGCUACGGUUCGCUCAUCGCUCUCAAUUCUGCUAAGAUCAACAACAUGUUCAAACCCCGGGCCCAGGAGCGGUUCCGUCGCCGACUGGCUACUGACCUAGGUGUGAAAGACCUGCCGGAAGGUGUCAAGUAUGUUCUGGACUUCACGCCUCCGGUUGAGGGAGCUGAGCUAGCAGACCUUACUGCGAAGCUCUGGCUGCCCAAGAUGGUCAAAUUGUGGUUUCUUGCUGGCCACUAUUCGCCAGACCCAGUCCUCAAAUGUUUCCAAGAUACUGAUUUCCGGAGCCGGCUGAUGGCAGACUCUGCAGUUGGCGCCAUCAUGGUAAUGGGGCAUGAUGAUAUUUGCAGACGUCAGAACUGCCUUACUGAUGCAUCUCCGUGGGAAGUUGCCAGCAGUUGCCCGGGAAUUGUUCCCGAUGACGAAAGUACCCCGAUGUGCCACAUCCCCCCUUGGCGAAGAAUUGAGGAUUAUUGUCCCAUACGGCAUCGUGUCUGCAUCAUGCGUGUUUUGCAGGCGAUCAACGGGAAGGAUCUGAUGCUGAAUUCGGCAGUAAGAAUGUGGACCGUCGCACAAGUGGCCAUCUCUCUGGAGGUUCCACAGGUCGUGGUAAGCAUCAAUGACCCUGUCGUUGAUCUUGAUGGCAGGCUUACUGACUUUGCUCAGGUUGACCCGGUCACCCAAUGGCUCAGUGCUCCUCCAAACACAAAGUUCACAGAAAUUUGUCCCGAAAAAGCGUUUGAGCUUGCCUACGCGCUCAGAAUCCCAAGUAUCUUGACGGCCGCCUUCAAGAUCCUGGUCAGCGAAACUGCCGUCGACUACGCCAAAGCGCUCCGGUCGCCACGUCUUCCUAAAGAAAGCUGGGUGCAGCGUCCCCGAGAUGACUACGGCGACUUCCCUUCUGAUCCCGUCGAAUACGGCGCCCGGGCUUUUCUUGAUAGGAUGACGGGCAAAUACAAGUUGCUCAAAUCUGAUGCCGUUUUCAACUAUCUCCCCACCCGGAUCGCUGAAUGGGACAAUCUCAUGGCGACGAAACAAGUUAUCGAUCGGUAUGGGCAUUCUGAGGUGAAGGAGGCCUAUGAGCGACUGACCAGGGGGUUGGUACAUAUCGUUCACGAGUACGUGGACAGAGUGAUGACAGCUGAAACGCAAGGUUGCGAGAUUGAUGGCCUUCCGCAGAAAGUGGUCGAGUUGGUGGAGGCUCAACGACGGCAUUACGUCCCCGCAAAGUCCCAUUUGCCCUUGCAUCUGGUGUACUCAAAACUGGAUCCCUCGCAAAAGGUUCUCACGCCGUACUUGUGGAGGAGUUUGCGCGAGAAGCUCGAGACUCUUGCGGAGAUGGCGAACACGAAGGUGGAUGGUGAUUAUCUAAAACAGCUUAGGCUCACAUUUAACAAGGAAAUGUCGAGGAUUCGCCAUCCUGAGGCCGUGGAAAUGUUGAGCGACAUUGCGAGUGCUGGUGGUGGCAAUCGCCAAGUCUGGACGGGGUGGUUUGACCUGUUCAAGUUCCACAGCGGGUUGCACUAUGCGCUCAAGGACUUGACCACCAGGGUGCUGGGGCAUCACGAUGAGAACAUGUUUUCGUUCUUCCUUUCGGACCACUUGCUGCUGAAUCUUGAGGAUAGCGAGCUCAAGUACUUGCCGAUUUGGGCGGAUGGUGGGUUGGAUGACGGGUCGGGGGGUGUUUUUCAGGAGGUCAUUCCCGAGGCGGAGAUGGGGCCGAGUGAGCCCGGGCCGGGUUAUCAUACGGGGUAUACGGUUGCGGGGACGGACACGGACAUGGCCAGUACGGUUGGGUAUGCGCCUACGAUGGUGAGUAAAUCUGAUUUGGGGUUCGGAGAGCUGUUGUUGGAUGAUGCGACGGUGGCGAGGAGUGUGAGUGUUCAGCAGACUGGGGCUGGGGAGAGCGAGUGGGGUGGGAUUAUAUCGGAUAAUAAGAGGAGGGUGGUGGCUGUGCCGAGUGAGAUGACGAGCGAGGAUCGGUUUACGGAGGGAGAGGAUGGGGAGUGGAAUGAGGCUAUGUAUGAGAGGCCGGCGGGGCAUCAGGCUGUUGGGCAGGCGUUGGAGGAGUAUGUGGAGGAGCCGGGGUUGGAGGGUGGCUCUUUGAAGGGGAAAGGGGUGGACGAUGUCAUGAGUCUGGAUGAUGACGAUGAUGACGAUGGGACCUCGACGCUGGACGGGUUUGAGGAUAUGGAUGAUGUGAACUUUGGGCUUUGA